GUAUGGAUAAUAGAAAUGGUGGGAUCUCCCGGGAGGGAAUACACAAAGACACUUGUCCACAUUCAAGGCUUCACUAAUCUGUACAGCAAACACAAUGUGACCGAUGAGGAAUUCAUUACACAAGAACUGCGUCCCUCCCCUCCCCCUCCCUACUUCCUCCUCAGCGUUCUCCUUCCUCUCAGUGUCAGCUGUCUGGGGAGAGCGCAGGAUCACAGCAUCAUGGCGUCCUACAGCGGCACUCUGGAACGUCUCAGGCGCAGCUUCAGUGAAGGAAAAACCCGACCUGCGGAGUUCAGGGUGGCACAGCUCGAGGCUCUCGGACGAUUCCUGGAUGAGAAGAAGACGGAACUACUUCAGUGUCUGAAGAAAGAUCUGAAUAAGUCAACAUUUGAAGCGGAGGUGACGGAACUGAGCCUGGUGAGGAGCGAGAUUAAUCUGGCGAUAAAUAGUCUGAGCUCCUGGAUGAAAGAUGAGUCCGUCUCCACGAAUAUGGCCUUUUAUUUAGAUUCAGUGUUUAUUCGGAAAGAGCCGUUUGGGGUGGUGCUCAUCAUCUCCCCCUGGAAUUACCCCGUCUUGCUGACUCUCGUCCCUCUGAUUGGGGCCAUAGCUGCUGGUAAUUGUGCCAUCAUGAAGCCAUCUGAAAUCAGCCAAAACACAGAGAAAGUCCUAUCUGAAGGUCUUGCCCGAUACCUCGAUCAGGACUGUUUCGCAGUGGUUUGUGGUGGGGUGGAAGAAUCUAAGAGCCUCCUGACUGAAAGAUUUGACCAUAUUUUCUUUACAGGGAACCCAACAGUAGGUAAAAUAGUGAUGCAGGCAGCGGCCAAAUACCUGACCCCACUGACGCUGGAAUUAGGCGGGAAGAAUCCAUGUUAUGUGCACGAUGAUGCCGACAUCAAAAACGCGGCCAGGCGCAUUGCCUGGGGACGGUUCCUCAACACAGGUCAGACAUGCCUGUCACCAGAUUACGUCCUCUGUUCUGACCAGAUUAAAGAAAAAUUUGUGGCGGCCUUACAGGCCACCAUCCAGGAGUUCUACGGAGAAGAUCCAAAGCAGUCGCCAGACUUUGGGAGAAUCAUUAGCGACAGACAUUUUCAAAGAGUGGCAGCCCUACUGAAAGACGGGAAGAUAGUGGUGGGUGGACAGACCGACGACACAGAAAAAUACAUUGCACCCACCAUUCUUAUGGACGUGGUGGAGUCAGAUGCGGUGAUGCAGGAAGAGAUUUUUGGACCAAUUCUUCCCAUUCUCACAGUUUCCGGCUUAGAAGAAGCCAUUCAAUUCAUCAACAAGCGAGAAAAGCCUCUCGCUGCCUAUGCGUUCUCCGCCAACUCACAGAUCAUCAAUCAGUUCCUGGACAGGACAAGCAGCGGUAGCUUCUGUGCCAACGACUGUGUAGUGCAAACCACCAUCAUAACUCUGCCAUUUGGAGGAGUCGGACACAGCGGGAUGGGCAUGUACCACGGCAAGUUUACCUUCGAUACCUUUUCUCAUAAGCGGGCGUGCCUCCUGCGCAGCGAGGGUCGUGAGAAACUCAACGAGGUGCGUUACCCACCAUACAGUGAAAGUCGGCUGGGAUUCAUCCUCUCCAUGACGGGGGUGAAGCGGAAAGGAGGUUGCGUUAUCUCCUGAAGAUCAGGAAACAAUUGCCGACUCAAAUCAUCGACUCGAUUGCCAAAUGCACACGGAUCACAGAACCCAAGCCAUUCCGUCCCAGGUUGUAUGAAAUAAUUGCACAACGGAAAUCCUGUUCAUAUUUUAUACGUGGCCGGAAGCACUAAACUCAACAUUUUUAUUUUUAUUUUAUAUCUGUAUCUAUAUAAAAAUAAUUCUGUAUCAUCUUUAUU